CUGGUCUGAAGUGAGGUCUGAGCCGACAUGGAGCAGGAAAAUAGGUGGCCGGCUGUGCAUCAGACUCCCACGGAUAAUGAGCAGUCGACACCAGCGUUGCAUGUAUCUGUGUCUCCUGGAAACAGUGGAGUUCAUCAGCCACCGACCACUCGACAUUUAUCGGGGAUGUCAAGGCCUUUUAUGUUAUCUGCUGAGGAGUCCAGGCAGAAUACGGGUGAAGGGGAGUCCCAGUUCAUUAUGUCACUACCCGAGCAUAGUGCCAGGUACUCCUCUCAACUGACUCCUCCACCUUCCCAGAUGUAUCAUCAGACGCCAUCGAACCACCAACCAGGGAGAAUGAUUGACGCGGGAUCCCACAUGAUGCCCUUAGGGAAUCCCGGUACUCUGGGAGUGACCAUAGCCUUUAGAGAGAAUCUGAUUCCUCACAGUAGCCUGCCAGGCUCAGCUUCCGGUGGAGUCCCAGUAAUGACCCACAGCAGUACCCCAACAAUGCCUUAUUCUGUCUCCUCAGCAGUACCUGCUACCACAGGCUCUUUAAAUCAUGGAAUAUUUUUGGUUCCCAGCAUGCCUUCCACUGUGACCCAUGCCAUAUCCCCCUCUAUGGAUCAGAUGUUGCACUUAAGUCCCUACAACCCUGGGCUAGCCACACCUCGGCUCCAGCCAUUGCUAACAUUAGAAUCCCAGGACUCACGUGUGGCCCAGUCAAAUCGCCUGGAAGAACCUUUCGUACACAAGCAGCCCACAACUGCUCCACAGGGAACAGAGAACCCUAGUGUUCCAGGAGGGGCACCCAGGAGGCUACCCCCAGUGUCAAGGCCUUACGUCUGCACAUACAGCAACUGUGGAAAAGCUUAUACCAAGCGUUCUCACCUGGUCAGUCACCAACGCAAACACACAGGUGAGAAGCCCUACGUAUGUGACUGGGAGGGCUGUACUUGGUCUUUCUUUCGCUCUGAUGAGCUUGGACGACAUAGACGGAUCCACACCAGGGAUCGACCACAUAAAUGCAAGGACUGUGGCCGACAGUUCAUGAGAUCCGACCAUCUCAAGCAACACCAAAAAACUCAUCAAACUCAUCAAACUCAUCAGCGCCUGCCAGAUUUCCAGACGCCUCAGGCCAACAGUGGACAGACAGAUGGACAGAUAGGUGGUCCUCUUGCUCCUGGUCAGGGGCUUUAGCUCCCUUUCCUGGAUUCUCAACCCAAGACCCUGUUGCCCGAGACCGGGUCAUCUCUGGGGUAGGUGAAAGUUCAGAUGGACAGGAAGUGGUGGGGAAGCCCACAGGAAGCUUUUGACACCAUCAUGGAGUCCUCAAAAUCUGGUGCCCGCCUCUCAGGGAUUUACUGACUUCUGCAACUUAGCCAGAUGGAAGAUGAGUCAUAGAUUAGACUUAAUUAGAAAGCUCUUUUCUCCUGUCAAUCCCUAGCAGGAAACACUCUCAUGCCUGCUCCAUGAAACCCAUGUUCUCUCCCAGGGUCUUCCACAGUUUCCAGGGCCAGACCAUGGGAAAGAUCGUAGUGCUAGAAGGUACUAGACACAUCGUGCUCUACAUCAGACUCUCUCUGGCCUUCACUCAUCCACCCAGAGUUUCUCUUCCCAAGUCUUCGACAGAAUACCCCACAUAGGACAUGACAUCUGGCAUUCCAUGGGGCCACCAAAAUCAAGCCUUGUGAGGAGACUAAUACUCAUGGGGAAACUUCAAUGGAGGUGAGAUAGGGGAGAGGCAGGUAGCAAUUCUCCUCUCCUAUCCCCACGAAUUGUUGCUCCCUGAUAGCGCAGUCUGUGGGAGACCCCCCAAGCAGCCCGCAGACACCCCACCCCCUUCAGCGUUGGUCAUGAAGCAGAGCCCAUCAUGGAAAUGUGUGGCCUUAGACCACUUCAUUCCUUCCGUUCCCCGUUGAUGUUCUCCCGCCUGUUCCUUGGCUUUGAAUGUCCCCAAUAAAAGCGGUGUGUAGGCUGUUUAUCAGAUGGCUUGGGCAAUG